AUGCUUUUGAGUCAAUACCGGCCGACCGCGCGAGGAGCGGGUGACCGCCACGGGCAGGAGAUGAAUAACGACCAGUUCCGCAGACUGAUCCUGGCGAACUCGGCCAAGUCGCCAGAUGGACAGAAGAAUGCCACAUCGGCCACCCCCAGCGGUUUUGAGGCCAGUGCAGCGGCCUUGGGAUCUCGACAGAAGUCCAGCAUUCCCAUGACACCGCGAUCAGUCGCAGGCACAAGACACAAUGAAUUCGCACGCCAACUUGCCGAGAGAAACCAAGGCGACCGGCCGCAGAAGAAAUUCCGCUCUGCAGCCCCGAAAGGUAGCAAAUUUGGCGAGGGUUACGUCGACCGGGCGAAGCAACGCGACUCGGAGGAAGAAGACGAACGAGCCGCGCGAAUCAAGGCCCUUGAAGAGUCGUUGAAGAAGGAGGAAAUAGACCAAGAAACAUUCGACAAAAUGCGAAACCAGAUCGCCGGCGGUGAUCUCUCAAGCACACACCUUGUCAAGGGCCUGGACUUCAAGCUGCUAGAGAGGAUACGAAAAGGCGAAGAUGUCUACAGCGAGCCUAAGCCUGAAGAUAAGCAACCGGAACCCGAUCCCCUAACUGAAGACGAGGCAGAGCCUACGGAAGACGGGGAUGAUGCAUUUGAAGAACUUGAGGACAAGGAAGUCACUGCCAUCACUAAGGAAAAGGCUAAGAAGAAAGGUCAAUUAGCAACGACAUCCCUAGUUCCAGGCAAGAAGAGGACACGGGACCAGAUUCUGGCCGAGUUGAAAGCAGCUCGAGAGGCAGCCAAGGCUAAGGAAGAGUCCGCUCUCGGUGGUCGUUUCAAGAAGAUUGGAGCUAAAAAGGAGCCCGGGACGAGGAUAGAGCGCGACAGCAAAGGUCGAGAUGUCCUUAUUAUAAUCGAUGAGGAUGGUAAUGAGAAGCGCAAGGUCCGCAAAGUUGCCACGGAAACGACCCAAGAGCGUGAGGCCUUCAAACCAGAUCCUACUGCAAAGCCUCUCGGGAUGGAGGUACCAGAUUUCUACAAGCAGAAGCAACAGCAAGAAGAGGAGGACGAGAAGGAGGUUCAUGUAUUCUCUGAUGUGGAGUCAGAUUACGAUCCACUGGCUGGACUCGCCUCCGGAUCAGACGACAGCGAUGAAUCGGAGGAGGAAGAUGCAAAGCUCAGGACAAAAGCUACGAAGGAGCAGUCCCCAGAGAGCGAGGGCGAGAUUGCAGAAGAUCUACCAUCAAAGGAGAUGGCGCCACCGCCGAAGCCACAACUCCCGGCACAAUCCCGGAACUACUUCAAAGAUUCAAAGACUGCCUUGGUUUCUGAGGAGUCAGGCAGAGCUUCUGCUCUGAACGACCCGAGCGUCCUUGCAGCAUUAAAGAAGGCAAAGACACUCAAUGCCGCUGCUAAAUCUGAGGAGGAAGAGCAAGAAGCGGCGAGGAAAGAGCGUCUCAAGAAGAUGCUACAGAGCAGUGAACGCGAUGAUGAGGAUCUAGACAUGGGCUUUGGUACAAAUAGGCUAGCUGACGAAGAAGACCUAGAAGAGACGAAGGUCAAGCUUUCGGCUUGGGGCGACGACGACGACGACGGCCACGGAGGUGCGGGCAAGUCGAAACGGAAAAGAGGUCCCAAAAAGCGUAAAGGCGAUGUGAAUAGCGCAGCCGACGUACUAAAAGUCAUGGAGAAGCGGAAAGCUGCAGGGUCCUGA